AACUAUGCGUGGUCAUUACUUCACCACAACUCAUUGGCCAAGUUGUUCGCGAACAAGACAUAGUGUUUGCCAACCGCAAUCUUAGUAUUUGUUCCUCAAUCACCACAUAUGCUGGCCAUGACAUUGCUUUUGCAUCAUAUGGCCCAGAAUGGAAGAAUCUCCGAAAAAUCUUCAUUCGUGAGAUGUCAAGCAAUACCAAAAUUGAUAUUAUGUACGGUGUGAGAAGGGGAGAGGUGAGAAAAUCCAUCAGGUACCUCUUCCAAAACAUAAACACCCCAGUUGAUAUUGGGAGGUUGGCGUUUCAAACUACAAUGGAUACUGUCAUAAACAUGACGAUUGGUGCUUCCUUAGAGGGAGAUGACGUUGCUAUUGAUAUCGGUCAGUUUAAGAAGGCGGUUGAGGAUCUCGUUUUGAUAAAUGGGAAAUUUAAUAUCUCUGAUGUUUUCCCAGUGCUUAAGUGGUUCGAUAUACAAGGAAUGGCAAGGGAGUCAACAAAGAUUUUUCAAAUGUUUGAAGCCGUGUUUGAUAAAGCCAUAACUAAACGAAAGAAUACUUUGAAUGAUCCAGUGCCCAAGGCGUUCACAAGGAAGGACUUUUUGCAGUAUCUUAUGGAGCUUCAUGAGGAUCAAACUAGCGAAACUCCUAUUACCAUAACUGAAAUCAAAGCCUUGCUUACGGACACUUUCUUGGCAGCAACAGACACUACAACAACCACAGUUGAAUGGGCAAUGGCAGAGAUAUUAAAUAAACCAGUGGUAUUGAAUAAAAUUCAAGAGGAACUCAAACAAGUUGUUGGGCUGAACAACAAUGUAGAAGACUCUCAUUUAUCAAAACUAACCUACUUGAAUGCUGUCCUUAAGGAGACUUUACGUUUACAUCCACCAGUACCCUUUUUAGUACCUCGUAAGUCAAGCCAAUCUGCUAUUGUUGGUGGCUAUACUAUACCCAAAGGAGCUACUAUUUUUCUAAACGUUUGGUCCAUGCAAAGGGAUCCUAACGUUUGGAACAACUCAUUGGAGUUUUUACCUGAGAGGUUCUGUGGAGAUAAAAUCCAAGGAGACAUUGAUUAUAACUUUUCAGGUCAUCAAAAUUUCAACUAUCUUCCAUUUGGAUCAGGGAGAAGAAUAUGCGCUGGAAUUUCUUUAGGAGAGAAGAUGGUGAUGCAUUUAUUGGCUUCUUUCAUGCAUUGCUUUGACUGGAAAUUGCCUGUUGGUACUAAGGUUGAAUUCUUAGACAAGUUUGGGUUAGUUCUUAAGAAACAAACUCCUUUAGCCGCCAUUCCCACCCCUAGGUUUUCUGAUAUAGACAUAUACCUACACUAGUAUUAUUUGAAAACAUUUAAUUGAAUGAAUAGUAUACUGUACUACUUUAUCAAUAUUGUAAUGUACUAUUUUUUCUAAGCCUGGAUGUAUAAUAAGGUAUAAUUUUCAUAGUAA